AUGGCUUCUACUAGGGGUCAUGUCGUGAUUGUUAAUGGGAGCAGAGGGGCCCAUACCACUUGGGACCAGGGUCAUCGAGUGUCUCCUUUCAAAGGCGUCUCUAAAGAACCUGGAUAUACCGUGGUUGUCGACGAAACUAAAGCAGCUGUAGCUUGUGCUGCUACUCGCGGGGCUGCCAAUCCUACUCCUACUACGCAAUGGAUUGACACUCUCCCCACUCUAUCCAAGGUGGUCGACGCUCUCACAGGGCUUCCAGUUGAUCGACCAUCACUCUACGUCGACCUCGAGGGACAAAAUCUUUCUCGAUAUGGUACUAUCUCCAUAUUGCAGAUCCACGUCCGCCCCACCAACACCACUUACCUGAUCGACGUCCAAUCCUUGGGCGAUAAAUGCUUCUCCACGCCUGGAGAAACUCGCUGGACAUUGAAAGCGAUCUUGGAAUCCCCCUACAUUCCAAAGGUGUUUUUCGAUGUCCGAAGCGAUUCGGAUGCGUUGUUUGUCAUUUUCGGCAUCACUCUAAACGGUGUCGUCGAUCUCCAACUCAUGGAAUUCGCCAUCCGCCCUCAUCAGGGGAAGAAGAGGGUCAUGGGACUCGAAAGAUGCGUCCGAUACCACGCAACGUUUUCCCGGUACGAGAAACUCAGAUGGAACAAGACGAAGGAGCAAGGCAGAGCGCUGUUCGCACCCGAGUCGGGCGGAGGCUUUCAUGUGUUCCGUCAGCGCCCCUUGCAACCGGUCCUUUUGGAAUAUUGCGCCCAGGACGUGUCUGUUAUGCCUUGCCUGUGGGCAUACUAUGACAACCAGAUGACGAAGCAGUUGCGGGAGGUGGUUAUCAAGGCUUCAACGGACAGGGUUUGGAAUACACAUGCGGUGGAUUACAUUUCCACAGGACGACACAUGGCACUGGCUCCCCUUUCGAUGAUUCACGCAAACGUUGUUGAUGAUUGGCGGCGCUUGUACGAAUCCUCCCACCCACGCUACGACUGGUGCGAUUCAGAGACAACGGGACCCAGUAUUGAUACUCCUGCGGAGAGCCUUACCGACAGUGCUACUAGCUAUGCUUCUGGCGGUUCUACCAGUACUUCGUGGACCUAUACCGUGGGGUAA